ACACACGUGUAUGUAAAACACAUCUUUUUUUCUUUUCUUCAAUUCUUCAUUCUAAUCUCUUAAUAACCAUCUAAUCUCUUUCUAAUUUCCUUCUUCUUUUACAAUAUUCCAUCUAAUCUCUUUCUAAUUUCCUUCUUCUACCUCUCCAUAGCUUUCUCUAUAUUCUCCUCAUCCCAAUCAAUAAAAAAAAUAGAAUAUAUUCUUCAACCACUUAGUGAAUAUAUUCACUAAAUCAAUUCUAAUAUUUCACAAAUCUCACAUAUAUUCUUCUUCUUCUAAUAUAUUAUUAACCUAUAAGCUUCACUUCUAUUUCAAUAAGUGAUUUUGUUAGUAAAGUGAUCAUCAAAAAAUGAUUUGUAGAAGGGUUUUUGUGAUUAUGAUGAUGAGUCAAAUAUUAUUAUUAUGGUGUUGUUAUGUGGAAGGGCUUGGAGUGAAUUGGGGAACACAAGCAACUCAUCCAUUGAAACCAGACACAAUAGUUGAGAUGUUGAAAGAUAAUGGAAUUGAGAAAGUGAAAUUGUUUGAUGCUGAUGAUGAAACUAUGAGUGCACUUGGUGGAUCAGGAAUUGAAGUCAUGGUUGGUAUACCAAAUAAUCAAUUGCUUGAUAUGAGUAAUUAUGAUCGUGCUUUGCAAUGGGUUAGGAAAAAUAUUACUCGGUAUAACUUCAAAUCUGGAGGUGUUAAUAUCAAGUAUGUAGCAGUUGGAAAUGAGCCAUUUUUGAAAUCCUACAACAAUUCAUUUUUGAAUGUAACCUUCCCUGCCCUACAAAACAUUCAAAAUGCCCUAAAUGAACUUGGUUUAGGUGACUCCAUAAAAGCCACAGUCCCUUCCAAUGCAGAUAUUUAUGGAUAUCCAGAUCCAAACAACGCGGUUCCCUCGUCCGGAAUAUUCCGACCCGAUUUAUCCAACCUCAUGACCCAAAUAGUCCAAUUCCUAAACAAAAACAAUGCACCAUUCACAGUCAACAUUUACCCUUUUUUAAGUCUCUAUGAAAAUGACAAUUUUCCAUUUGAUUUUGCAUUUUUUGAUGGAGUCACAAAUCCAUUGAAUGAUAAUGGAAUUUCCUACACAAAUGUUUUUGAUGCAAAUUUUGAUACUUUAGUCUCAGCAUUAAAAUCAAUAGGGUUUGGUAAUAUGGAAAUUCUUGUUGGUGAAGUUGGAUGGCCCACAGAUGGUAACAAAAAUGCAAAUAUUCAAAAUGCAUUAAGGUUUUAUAAUGGACUUUUACCUAGGCUUGCAUCAAAUAGAGGAACACCAAAAAGAAAUGGUUACAUUGAAGUUUAUUUAUUUGGAUUAAUUGAUGAAGAUGCAAAAGCUAUAGCUCCUGGAAAUUUUGAAAGACAUUGGGGAAUUUUUAGUUUUGAUGGAAAACCUAAAUUUCCAAUGCAUAUUUCAACUAAACAUGGUGAGAAUAGGUUAUUACUAGGUGCAAAAAAUAUGCAUUAUCUUGAUCCAAAAUGGUGCAUGUUUAACCCUAAUUCUAAUAAUUUAAGUAGGCUUGAUGAUAAUAUUAAUUAUGCUUGUACUUAUGCUGAUUGCACUCCACUUGGUGAUGGAUCAUCUUGCAAUGAUUUGGAUGCUAAUGGAAAAGCUUCAUAUGCAUUUAAUAUGUAUUAUCAAGUUCAAAAUCAGAAUGACCUAGCUUGUGAUUUUGAAGGGUUGGCUAUGAUUACAACAAAUAAUAUUUCAACUUCUAGUUGUAAUUUUAUUAUUCAGAUUAAUCCUUCUUCUUCUUCUUUUUUGUUUCCAUCUUUUGUUGUUUUCUUGUUUGUAGGAGUUGUUAGUUAUUUAAAUAUAUAUUGAUGAGAUCUUGUAGUUGGAGAUAGUGUGGAUGAUGUAGUUUUGAAGAUUUGUGUAAUGAAUAGUUUUGUAGAUUUUAAUAUAUUAUUGUUUAAUGUAUAAAGUUAUUGUGGCUU